UACCAGGGGCUGAUGGGGGCGCUGUUCAGAACCGACAGUUAUGCACAACUACCAAAGUUUUGCCUUUCUCGGGAACGCACCGUCAUGGCGGCCCAUAACGUCGACGUUUCGUCCAAAACAUCGGGUUACGACAUCAAACCUAGACAUGUUUCAGAUUUCGCGCAGACUGAGGAUGAGCCCGUCAAAGCCCCCUCCGGAGUCAGAAGACCGCCACACCCCAUGAAGACAGCUGGUCUCUUCUCAAAAUUAGUAUUCUUCUGGAUGUUUAAUUUCUUCCGUCGAGGCUACAAGAGACCUCUUGUUGAAACAGACUUGUAUGACGUUCUGCCUGACGACUCCGCUGUUAUUGUGGUCGGUAAACUCGAGAGGGAGUGGAAUAAAGAAAUUAAGAAAAGUGAAGCCACGGGAAAGCCUUCGUCUCUUCGAUGGGCGUUGCUAAGAGCUUUUGGCUGGCAUUACAUGAUACAUGGCUUGCCUGCAUUCAUUGAGGUCGUCUUGAAGAUGGCCCAGCCAGUGAUGCUGAGUCGUCUUGUUCUGUACUUCUCCACGGACCUCGUGUCGACCACGGAAGCCUACUUGCAAGCAUUGGGCAUGUCCUUGUCUUCCCUGCUCAUACUUAUAGCCAGCCAUUUUUGCUACUUCGGCUAUUGGAUCACAGGAAUGAGGCUAAGGACGGCCUGCUCGGGUCUCAUCUUCAGAAAGGCCUUAAGACUCAGCAACCUAGCUUUAGGAGAAACGACAAUCGGUCAACUGGUCAACAUCUUAUCCAAUGACGUCAACAGAUUCGAUUUGGCUUUCCGGCUCCUCCACUACCUCUGGAUAGCUCCUCUACAGCUGACUAUCGUGGUCGCCCUAGCCUGGAGAGAGAUCGGAGUGUCUUGCCUUGCCGGGACUUCCAUUUUGAUCUUCAUGGCACCCCUCCAAAUUUACAUUGGGAAACUAGCUUCCAAAUUUAGAUCCAAAACGGCCUUGUUGUCGGAUGCAAGGAUCCGCAUCAUGAAUGAAGUGAUAUCUGGCAUACGCGUCAUCAAGAUAUACGCGUGGGAACAUUCGUUUGGAAAACUGGUCGCCGAAAGCCGAGCAAAGGAGGUACGAAAGAUUUUACACAGUGCCUAUUUGCACGCAAUAAUUGGAGCCCUCCGGUUCGAUGGCGCUCUGUUGACGACAUUCAUCACAUUCAUCGUCUACGCCUCUCUGGGAAAUCCUGUCACGCCCUCUAAGGUCUUCCCCGUGCUCGCACUGUUCUACAGCGCCAGGAUUUGCCUGUCCAACCAUUUCCCAUUCGCGAUCAUGCACGGGUCGGAGGGACUCGUCUCCAUUCGAAGGAUUCAGAUGUUUUUGCUGAUGGAUGAGCUGCAGAGACACGUAAACGAGCCUAAUACGGACGUCAUGGAUGAUAUUUUCCUGGAAGAGCAAACGGCCCUAUUGGACGAGAUCAAAGCAGAUGAUACCUUAAAGAAUGAUAAGUUGGACAUUUCAGAGCAUCCAGAGAGCGCACAAACAAACAGAACGAAUAGUGUGAUUGAGUCUGCGGACAAUGGUGAGUUGCUUGACUACCUUAGAACUGCCGUAAGCGAGGAAGAGGAACCAGUCGAGACUAAUCCUCAUGCGAACAAGCUCAAUACUGAGACAGACGUACGGGCCCGGAUUGUCGUGGAGAAUAUGUACGGAUCUUGGAACAAGGACACCAGGAACACAGUGCUACAAGACGUCAGUUUCCGAAUUCAACCAGGGGAGUUGCUUGCAGUCAUUGGGCCUGUUGGGUGUGGCAAGUCUUCGCUUCUGGCUGCCUUACUGGGAGAGAUACCUACUGUAUCAGGAGUUAACACCCUGAAUGGUCGGGUUGGCUACACGGCUCAACAGCCCUGGAUCCUUUCUGGCUCGCUAAGAGACAACAUCCUCUUCGGCAGCAAAUACAAGCAGGCCAAGUACCAGCGAAUCAUUAAACAUUGUGCACUAACCAGAGAUAUCGAACUGCUUCCUGAAGGUGACCUGACGCUGGUUGGUGAGCGUGGUGUGACCCUUAGUGGAGGUCAGAGGGCAAGGGUUAGCCUCGCCAGGGCCUUGUACAGUGAUGUCGAUGUGUAUCUACUAGAUGAUCCUCUGAGUGCAGUGGAUCCGGCAGUUGGUAGACACCUCUUUGAAAAGUGCAUUCUCCAUGAAAUGAGGGACAAAGCUGUGAUCAUUGUCACCCAUCAGCUUCAAUUCAUUGACAAGGCUGACAAGAUUCUCAUCCUUCAGGAGGGCAAGGUGGCUGGAUACGGAACCUACAAAGAGCUGCAGGAAGACGGCAUGGACUUUGCAUCCCUUUUGAAGAAGAAAUCUGAAGAUGGUGAUUACGAUGGAGAGGAUAAGCAGGAUGUAAAUCCGGAACGACUUGACGACAAGGUGUCCAUCUGUUCAGAUGACUCGGAUGGGGUUGAGACACCUGUUGGUAUCGUCCCGGAGGAGAUGGCGGCCGGCACUGUGGAGUGGAUGGUGUACAUCCGGUUCCUCGUAGCGGCUGCAGGGGUCCCCUUUGCGCUCGUCUGGGUCAUUGUCGUAGUCGGUGCACAGUAUUAUCAGGACGGUACGGAGUACGGCAACCGGUCAUACUACAUCAGGAUAUACGCCAUCUUGUGUGGAGCUACCACCGCCGCCUCGUUUCUUCGGGCCUUUCUGUUCUAUCAUGUCUUUGUUACGGCAUCAAAGGCUCUUCACAACCAGAUGUUUGACGCUAUCAUCAGAGCGCCCAUGCAGUUUUUUGAUACAAAUCCCGUGGGUCGGAUUCUGAAUCGCUUUGCUAAGGAUAUCGGCUACAUGGAUGACGUUUUGCCAUCCACAUUCACCGAAUUCCUUGAGCUUUCUUUAGGUGCGAUUGCAACUGUCAUCGUGAUCUCCAUCUUCAAUCCUUUUUGCCUCGCUUUCACAUUGCCGAUCGGAGUCGUCUUUCACUUCACAAGGAAGUACUACCUAGCCUCCUCUCGAGACGUUAAAAGAUUAGAAGGAAAAGCUCGCAGUCCGGUAUUCUCCCACCUGUCAGCCACCCUGACUGGUCUGAGUACCGUCCGCGCCUUCAAGGCUCAGCAGCGAUUCACUGCGGACUUUGACGGGUACCUGGACGGCCACACUAGGGCAUGGUUCCUAUUCCUGUCCGCGACUCGAUGGUUCGGUAUUCAGCUGGAUUUCUUGUGUGUAUUAGUUAUCACCGGAGUCAGUUUGACCUGCAUCCUUGCCGCAGAUCUUCUUGAUCUCAACUCUGGCAUUGUCGGUCUCUCCUUGAUCUAUGCCAUGAGUCUCAUGGGGGAGUUCCAGUGGGCGGUGCGACAGAGUGCAGAGUUAGAAAACCAGAUGACUUCAGUGGAGCGUGUUUGCCAGUAUAUCGAUAUCAAACCGGAGGCACAGUUGCAAACCGAUCACAUGCCACCUCCAGACUGGCCACAAGAUGGCGGCAUUACGCUCCAAGACGUCUCUCUGAGAUACAGUGAUGAUGGGCCAUUGGUACUACGCGAAAUUAACUGCGCCAUCAGGCCAACAGAAAAGGUGGGCAUCGUAGGCCGGACAGGAGCCGGCAAGAGUUCCCUGAUGACAGUGUUGAUGAGAUUGGCUGAGCCCACAGGUACCAUAAUGAUAGACGGUAUCAACACAGCCCUGAUAGGACUGCAUGACCUCCGCAAGAAAGUCUCAUUCAUCCCACAGGACCCAGUUCUAUUCAGUGGAACACUUCGCAAGAACCUGGAUCCUUUCAGUGGGCACUUUGAUUCUGAUAUAUGGAGGGCUGUUGAAGAGGUUGAGUUGAAACCAGCGAUUGAGGAGCUACCGGACAAGUUGGAGGCAGUCUUGACCGAGGGAGGCACUAAUUUCAGUGUGGGUCAGAGGCAGCUACUCUGUCUGGCUAGGGCUAUCCUACGCAAGAACAAGAUCCUCAUAGUGGACGAAGCCACAGCCAAUGUGGACAUCAGAACUGACCGUUUGAUUCAAGCAACCAUCAGACGGCGGUUCAAACACUGCACAGUUCUGACAAUAGCUCAUCGUCUCAACACAAUCAUGGAUUCGGACAAAGUUAUGGUGCUUGACGCAGGGCAGCUCAUCGAGUUUGACGAGCCUUACGUUCUGCUCCAGAAGGAAGACGGUAUCUUCAGCAAGAUGGUGCAAGAGACCGGCAAGGCAGAGGCAGCCAAACUCCUGCAGAUCGCCAGAAAGACAUCAACGACCCUGAAGACUUAGACAAACCCAUGUAUCCCUUGACAAAUUUGACAUCAACAAACAAUUAAUGUUAGAUUCACAGUGAAACUGAAAAAAAAACACGAGAUGUGAACGAAUUUGAUCGGCGAGAAG